AUGGGCGUUUAUUCUUCGCUGUCACUUUUUCUAGAAAUCGGUAGACUUCUACUUGAAGUCUACCGGAGAAAAUUUAGAAAUCUCGGAAUACUGACCUUUUUCUUAAUCCGUGGCAUUUCUGAUGGAUUAAUAUCACCCCCACAACUUUCUUCGCCUACACCUCCUCAACAACGAUCACUUGAAUCUAGAUUAGCUGCACUUUUAACUCGUCGCUCAAAUAAUAAUUUAUCUACUUCAUGUACAAAACUUUGUUCUUCAAGUAAUGAAGAUAUUGAAGCAUCUUGUGUUGCUGCUACAACAACAAUUGAUGUGGAGAAAGAUAAUGACAAUAAUAAUAAUAAUAAAUCUCCAAAUAAAUCUGUUGAAUCUGCAGCAACUUUUAAGUCUCCUUCUUCUGACACUGCAAAUGCUUCCUCAUCUUCCACAUCUUCGUCUUCUACUCAAUGUGCAAAUCAUCAUACUAUAUCUCAAAGCAAUAACUUGAAUAAGACAAUCAGCGAUCCUUCCUGUUCUUUUGGUAAUGGUGAACAACUCCAAAAUGAUGAAGAAUUUUGUAAAAAUGGAUUUGAUAAAUGGAAGGAUGUAAAAUCUACUACUUGGAAUCAACGAGACGAUGAAAGGUGGAGGGAUCAACGCCAAAGGAAUUUUUAUCAGCGAGAUAAGGAUAGAAAUUAUCCAGAUCACCGUAGAUCUCAUCCAACAAUAUACAACAAUCAACAACGUCAACGUUAUGGAAAUUAUCAUCAACAAAAUAAUAAUUAUAACAACAAUUAUCAUCACAAUCAAAAUCGUUUUCAACAACAACGAAACUGUGGUGGAAGAUUUCAUUAUUCAAAUCAAUUUAAUCAAAAUGGCAAUAAUCAUCGUCAACAUACUGGACCUAGAGGUCAACCACCUCCUCCUCAACCUUUAUUUGAUCGAAGAAUUAAUGGACGUUUUAUGACUCCUCCAAUACGUCCUCUACCAGAGACUAAUUUGGCAUUUGCUUCUUCCCAUGUAUAUGGAACUAAUAAUCAAAUGGGAUAUCCUAGACGAAGGACUAUGGAAAGGGACAAAUUUUCUAUAACUCUACAAUAUACAAUAAAUGCGUUGACUUCAAUGCUUUCUCUGGCUGUUAAACAAGAUAUUGACCGACGAGUGGAAACUGAAGCAUUAAAAAUUUUGGAUAAAAUUUUUGAAGAGCGAUUGGAGAAAGCAAAGAAAAGACAACAACUUGCUGAUGAAAAUGAAAAUUUACAAGAUUCUCAACAAACUUCUUUGAAUAUUGACCAAGGUGAUGGACAACAACAAAAACGGUUGGCAUUACAAACAAUUAGAAAUGGAGGAAAUUUGUUGGAUCAAUUGUUUAGUUUCAAUAGUGUUGGAAAUGGUGAAAAAGGUUAUAAUGCAUCAACACUUAUUUUCAAUUUGGAUCAAAAGACUGGCCUAUUUGGAAUUUCUCAUUCUGCAAGAAUUACUUCUUUGCCUAAAAUUCGAAGGAAACCUAAAUUUCCAUCUCCAGAACCAAUUUUACAAAAAACAGCAACAACAACAAAUCGCAAAAGAUCAACAACUGCACAAUGUCUCGAUGAAAAAGACAAAUUUGGCGGACCAAAACGAAAACAUUUACGUUUGGAUGAUGAAGAUGAGGAGGAAGAAAAAGUCGUCAAAGCUAGAAGAGCUAGAACUACCAGUAUUUGUUCUGAAUCUGUAAAGUCUUCACGUUCAUCAUCAAAUGCUUCUACUGCUUCUUCUUCCCGUUCUGCUUCUCCAACAGCAACAUCUUCAACAAGUGGUGAUUCAUCAGAUGAAGAAGAGGAGGAAGACGUUUCUCAACAAACAUCAACAAUUGUAUCUGAAACAGAAGGGGAAGAAAAUGAAGAAAAUAUUUUGAAAAUGAAGAUGGAGGUUGAUGGAGGUGAUAUUAUUGAUGACAAAUUGCCUGCUUCUGAGAAAAUUGAAUGGUUUGUUCUUUUUUUAUUUUUUUUUGUGAAUAUGAAGAUCCUUCAAAAAACGAAAAAAAGUUUUUCCAAGAAUUUUUAG